AUGGUGGCAGCCGGGUGUCCCCUUUGGUACCAUAAUUACACAUAUACAGACAUUCUUUACAAUCGUACGAAUGCACUGUCAGUUGCAGUACGGAGUGGAAACAAAGAGGGGCUAGAAGGGUGGAUUGAGAUGCUGUCCAGCGAUGAAGAGUCUCUUGAGAGUCUUUCAUCAGCAUUGCGCACUGCAGUAAGAUUAGGCAGAUGGGAUAUGGUUGAAAUGGCCGAGCAAUGUUAUACAGGGAAUCUAAAGCCCUUGGAGGCUGAAUGGCUGACCGAAGGCACGAAAUCGGGACAGCUGAAAAUUUUGCAGCAUCUUCUCCAAGAGCGAGGAUUGGAUGCUACAAUGCAAACUCCACGUUGCAAAAAGGGGUUAAUCUAUGCGGCACUCCAUGACUGUUCCAACGCAAGGAAGACCGCGGUAGUCAAGGCUCUUCUGGAACACGGGGCGAAUCCUAAUAGAGUUUAUCCGCCGAUCACGCAGACACUCUUUCAACGAGCCAUCGAGGACAGAGAAGUGGAGAUUGCGAAAUUGCUGGUGGAAUAUGGGGCAGAUGUGAACUCGGUCGGCAGCAGUAGCUUCGGCCUGGACUGGCGCCGCUGGUGCAUUUUUGCUUGCGCACGGUGCCAAUCCCCCCUUUCGGUGGAAAGGAAAGUCGUCAACUGGUUUGUUGUUGUGACGGAGAGCACGAUGAUUGGUUAUGUGGAGCAAGCAUUGAUAGAGUUGGGUUGGUCAGCGGGGAAUGUACGGGAUACGAAAAUCGACUACCUGGUGCUAGAGGGUCGAUCCAGAGGCGAAUAA